AUCAAAAUUGUGAAUUUUCUUAUCUACAACUUCGUCUUCUUUCACUACUUUCACUCCAAAUUCACAAAUUCCCAGCUCAAGAAAAAUUGUAUUUAGGAACAAAAAAAUGAUGUAAAGUUCCAUUUACCUCGAACUUCAGAGCUUAGUUAUUCCCACCAGUUUUUUCCACUUUCAAAGUUCUGUUUGUGAAUUAUGCUCAAAAGAAACAGGUGUUUCUUGGAUAUCAUUUUAAUGUAAACCAGUGUUCAAGCUUCCUGAAUAUUCUACCUAAAUGGGUUCGAGUGGCUCAAAACUAGUGAAAAAAAUUUUCGGACCCUCCAGUAACACCAAAGAAUCUCGCAGAAGGCCGAGUUUCUCGUCAGCACUGAGCGAAGAAGAUUUCGAUGGCAUGGAGAAUGUCGUUGCCAGGAUACCUCCUUCGUUGGGAUCUUCGCUAGUUAUGUACAGACAAGGGUCAAUGUUUUUCGACGAAGAUGGCGAUUUAGCUCACGAAUUUUAUGUUGAAGUCAAAGAGGGUAGAAAAUCAAAAAUGAAAAGAGUAUAUGAGAAUUUAAGACCACAGGGCAAAGUUCGUCUGCCCUUUCCAAGGCUCAGUAAUGACUGUCCAGUGAUUCUUUACGCUUUGUAAAACGCUCGUAUUCUGGAAGAAAAUGUUCACUUACAUGGUUUAUUCUUUCCUUCCCGAAGUAUAAGAAUGUAGGCAUUGUAGAACUUUUGUAGGUCGAUAUCUUAUGUAAAGUUAACGUUAUAAAAUUGUUCCUAUUGCUAUACUUAGAAGAUAUUUCGAACAGUAUUACGUUUCAAAAAUGUAUUAAUUUCGAAGAAUGAUUGAUCGCUUGCUUACCUAUGUACGUACAAUUGUACAAGUAUAGGUACUUAUUGAAUUUGUUUUCACAUCGAAGACGCAUCUUUUUUCUUUUCGAAAUAUGUUCCUCAUAUAUAAGUGUUAGUGAUUUUGAUACAGAAAAUUAAUCAAAACCACAUCAGUGAUUUUAUACAAUACGAAAAUUACCUCAAAAUCACACCACAAGCGCAAUUUUGUUUUGUAUUUUUUUUUUUUUUUUUUAACUAAGCACUUGUAUGAAUUGUUAAUUUUUUAAUUUAUUUUAAGUAUUUUUCAACGUAGCAUUGAGGAUGUAUCAUCGAACAAAACAUGAUCAUCUACUUCAUUUUAUAACGUGUACUAACAAACCUGAAGCGACAAAAUAUGUCAGUGAAAUAUUGACCAUAAUUGAACAUUUGCUUCCUACGAUUUUCAUUUGUCCCAAGUUCUGUUUGACCAAAUAGUCUUUAUGAUGUUUGUGCAAUGUAUUUAGUUCGUUGAGUAGUAUAAAAUGUCAGCAUUUAUGUAUUUUUAAGUUUGUUCUAAUAAAUUGUUUUUUUAUUAUUAUUAUCAAA